CCAAAUGCUUUUCUUUCAGUACUGGGGAUGAACACGCUCGUGGGAACUGGGCUUACCUGGAUCAAGUGGCGGCUCUUCAGUGGAUCCAAGGAAAUAUCGAACACUUUGGUGGAGAUCCAGGAUCUGUCACGCUCUUUGGUGUAUCUGCAGGAUCCUGCUCUGUUUUUGCACAUGUUUUAUCUCCUUUGUCUAAGGGUCUCUUUCAUAAAGCAAUAUCAGAGAGUGGAAUUUUACUUCCCCCCAGCAGAGAGUUACUUCUUUCAGUACAUCCUAAGAAAAUUGCAGAUAUCUUUAAGUGUGACAUGAGCAGUUCCCUCUCCCUGUUAAACUGCUUAAGGAAGCAGGAAGCAGACCAUAUCAUCUUCAACACCACGGAUGUGCCAUUUCUGCCCAUAGUUGUGGAUGGAGUAUUUCUUCAUAAAUCACCUGAAGAGAUAAUGGCUGGAAAAGAAUUUAAUGCGGUUCCAUUCAUGAUAGGAGUCACCAACAAUGAAUUUGGCUGGAACAUCAGAUCUACAUCAAAAAUAACGGGUUUGAGGGAAAUAGGAGAUAAAAAAUCGAUUGCUUCAACUUUAGAGUUUUUUCUGCCAAUGAUAGAUCUACCAUCAGAUUUUCUGCCCAGGAUAGUAGAUGAAUACAUAGGAGACACAGCUGAUCCUGCUGAGCUAAGGGACCAGUUUCUGGACUUGCUGGGGGAUAUGGCAAUUGUCAUGCCAGCCAUUAAAGCCCUGAAUUAUCACAGGGAGUCUGGAGCCCCCACCUACUUCUUUGAGUUCCAGCACCGCCCCAGUUCGUACUGGGACAGCAAACCAGAGUAUGUGAAGGCUGACCAUGGGGAUGAAGUUGGCUUUGUCUUUGGGGGACCCUUCCUGGCUGGAGAAAUUCAGCUGCGCAGUGAAGUUACAGAGGAAGAAAAGAACCUCAGUAGAACUCUGAUGAAGUACUGGGCUAACUUUGCUCGAAAUGGAAAUCCUAAUGGAGAGGGUCUGGUUGAAUGGCCAUCUUACAACCUAAAUGAAGAAUACUUGCAGAUAAAUCUAAAACAAAAGAAAGCCAGCAAGUUGAAAGAAGAGAAGGUGGAUUUCUGGAAGAAGCUGAUGCUUGAAAAAGCAAAUAGGCAAAGAAUGGAAAACAAGAAGGUUAAUUCAGAGUUAUAAUUUACAGUCUAAACAUGCACAUAAUAUGCAAGGUAUUAGGAUAGGAAAAGAAAUUCCGUAAAGUUAUUUUGAGGAUAAAAUUCUGUUUCCCUUCUUUUCAUCUUUUCAUCACAGUUGUCAUACUUGCAAUUAUUCAUUGUAAUAAUUCCAGUUGAUCCCUCACUUCUUAAACACAGCUACCACAUUUCCCCAGUGCUCAGGUUUUUCUGUCACUUCCCCACGACUGAAGACAGAAUGUACAUAGAAUUAAAACAUUGUUUUAAUAAAAUGAAAUCAGUGAAAACCCAA